AUGCCGUCCAAAGGAAGCCAUUCAGCUUCUCUGCCUGAGGGACGCGGUCUCAAAUACGACGAAUCCGACAUGGCCCUGUUCCAUGCCAAAUUAUCCUACCACUCCACCAUCGAGGAACGCAUGGCUUCGAAAGACGCCCACCUUGCUUCCAUCUCAGAAAACCAAGCCCGGAUCCUCAAGCGCUGGGAGAUGCUCAAGCAAGUGGAGAAGGAGAUGGCAGACAAGGGAAAGAGCCUGUCACCAGCGGAAAAGAAGCAGCUGGCGCAGUACGAAUGGCGGUAUAAACGACUGGAGGAAGUGGCGACCCAGACGACCGGCGGCUGA